AUGCGGCGAAGUCGUCGUGGAGAGAAGUUGGAGACGUUAGUCUUUGACGAGCUAGCCACGCCGUCUCUUCUAUCUGAAGGCGAUCGGCAAGUGCUGCGACCCGUGUUGCACGUCAGGUACUGCUACCGUUGGCUGUCCAAGCUUGCCCAACGCUUGCCCAACCUCCACCGGACACUUCCAGACGUGAUACGAAAGCUCCAUCCACCCCAGUGUAUUCCCCCAUUGGCGCGCCUCUUGGUGGACGAACUGGAGCUGUUUCCGUGCUUGUGUCGAUUUGUGGACCACAUCUUCUUUGUAGAGUCAGUCGUGCUGGUUGGGACCUCCAAGUUCACGGGACUACUCUGGUUCUCCAUGAACCUGCUGGCCGUUGCUGCUGACUCUGCCACGUGUUCCAGCUGUGGGUUCACGGAAACAACUUAG